GGGUGCAGCCACGGCGCAUGCUCGGCUGCAGCGCCAUGGCUUCCCGUUGUGGUCGGUCGUUGAUGGGGUCGCGGAUCGCAGCCGCUUGGCUGUUCGGUCCCGGGCUCAGAUUUUACUCCGAGAAGGCGAGCCUGAACGUUCUUUCCUCCUCGCCAGUCCGAGAUAUUAUCUACACGCAGGAGCAUGACAGUCUGAGAGAGUCGCUCCGGAAGAUCAUUGAGAAGAAAAUAAAUCCCUUUGUUGACAAAUGGGAAGCAGAAGGAAUGUUCCCUGCUCAUAGAAUCUUCAAAAUUCUUGGAGAAGCUGGCUUUCUGGGUGUUAACAGACCAAAAGAAUAUGGUGGCCUGGGUUUGGAUUUUAGCUACAAUAUUGCAGUGGCAGAAGAGCUAGGAAACAUCCGGUGUGGUGGAAUUCCAAUGGCUAUUGGCGUCCAGUCUGAUAUGGCAACACCUGCUUUAGCCAGAUUUGGCUCAGAGGAAUUGAAACGCCAGUUUCUUCAACCUACCAUCGCAGGGGACAUGGUAGCCUGCUUGGGAAUCAGUGAAGCUGGAGCUGGAUCUGAUGUUGCAAAUAUUGGGACAAAAGCUGUUAAGAAUGGAGAUGACUACAUAAUAAAUGGAGGAAAAAUGUGGAUAACUAAUGGUUGUCAAGCUGACUGGAUGUGUCUUUUAGCAAACACCAGUGAUGGGCCUCCUCACAAAAGCAAGUCUCUUAUUUGUCUGCCUUUGAAGUUACCAGGAGUUAAUGUGGCUAGGAAAAUCGACAAGUUAGGCAUGAGAUCAUCAGAUACAGCAGAGAUCUUUUUUGAAGAUGUCAGGGUUCCAAGAAAGUAUCUUAUUGGGGAUGAAGGAAUGGGUUUCACCUAUCAGAUGUUACAAUUCCAAGAAGAACGUUUGUGGGGUGUUGCAGUAGCAUUGAAUCCGAUGCAAAACGUCAUACAAGAGACAAUUGAAUAUACACGACAUCGUAAAAUUUUUGACCAACCAGUGCUGCAUAACCAGUCUGUGCACUUCCGCCUUGCUGAACUUGAGACCGAAAUUGAACUUCUUCGUUCUCUUCUUUAUCGUUGCAUUGCUCGAUAUAUUCAAGGAGAAGAUAUGACCAAAUUAGUCUCAAUGGCAAAGGUGAAGGCAGGCCGCUUGGUUCGUGAGGUUACUGAUAGCUGUCUCCAAUUUUGGGGAGGCAUGGGUUUUACCAAUGAAUUGUUCGUCAGCAGAAUGUAUAGGGAUAUGAGAUUGCUGUCAAUUGGAGCUGGUGCAGAUGAAGUCAUGUUGUCCAUCAUAUGCAAGCACAUGGGGACUUUACCUGGAAGGACAUGAUUGAUUAAAACAACAGCUAAAUCAAUCAAAGGACAAUAAUAAAAUCAAAAUGUGAUUGUGUUAAUUUUUGGUGUCUUCCAUGUGUCAUUUUAUGAUUUUCAUGAAAGAUUUAGAAAUGGUUAACAGAAGGAAAGUAGGUAAAUUUUAUACUGUGUGAUGCAUAGUCUUUUCUAGAAUGAUUAUGCUUUGGACAUGAAAGAUAAUUUUCACUUGUACUAAUGGUAUCUUUCAACUCAAAUAAUGAAAAAUUAUAUUUUUAUGUAGUUUAAUCCAUUAUCUAACAUCAUACUUGGGAAGAAGCACUAUUUGCUUUUUUUUAAGUAAUUAUACCUGGCUGUGUUAGUACUUAAUGGUACUUGAUACCAAAGUGUGAAAUUGUUCUGAGCUAUGAAUUAUUGGGGCUUUUCCAGCUGGAAUAUUUGUCUUGAGUAAUUAACAGAUUUUUAUAAUUCAUAUAGAGUUUUGGUAGUAUGAAAUAAAGAAAGAUUUAUAGUGCCAUCAGUUUAAAAUUCUGGAUGGUUAUGUUGAGGGAAAAGCAAUUAUGCAGAGUACUACAGUACAAAUAAAUAUUUGAAUUGGAUCAAACUAUUGUUCAGUGGAAGGAAAGAGUGCUUGUUUUCUUUAAAUUCUUCCAACUAAGACCUAUAAACCUCUUAUUAUUUUACUUUUUUUAUGACAGAAUGUUUUGUAGUUCCACUAGCUUGCUACUGUUUAGGGUCAUGAUCUUCUUAAACUCAGUGAUGUUUAUUACAAGAGAUGUUGGAGGGUGACUCCAUUCAGCAUGUGAAAGUUAGCAUUCAAAAUACCUGAUGUCCAAUCUUGUACUGUGGGAAAGGAGGGACAGGUCACAAGUGAAGCAAUUCCAAGGCCAGUGAUGCACCAUCAAUAACUCUCGGAGAUGUGACGCAAAAUAUAGGCUUUUAUUGGCUGGAAGAAAGAACAAGCAGCAAUUGACCACCGACCACCACACUACAUCCUGGAGACUGAGGCCGGUGCUGUGUCUCCAAUCGCCUUUAUACCGGGGUCCGUGGGAGGAGCCACAGGAGCAGUCAGCAGGGGGCUGUGUCCAGACAGGUAUAUGUAGUUCAUCACAGCCAGAACACAUUUCUAAUGUUAAAAGAACCUUCAUGCUAAGUCUAUAAGUGGUAAUGGCAAUUUGGGAUAGUGAAUCUUAGUGGUUAGAAAAUGCUUCCUAGAGUAUUAAAAUAAUUAUAUAGGUAAAGUUUUGGUUAAAACAUUUAACACAAAAUACUCAGUGAUUCAUUGUUUUUUUUAAACAGUAUGAACACUGGAUGGUAGUGUUGAAAUCCACUAUUCUGAUGUAAAAAUCCUGAAUCUAUCAAUCAUAUUUUGGGAAUAUAAUCAAAAUGUUGCAGACCGGAAUUCUAAUGGCUUGGCAAAAUACUGGCCAAGAUGAAUAUGACCAAAUAUAAACCAUGGGUAAGAGAUUUUUGUUGAGAAGCUCUGGAGAAAAAAAUUGUAAUUUCUCUCCUAUGUAGCAUUUUAGACUAAAGUUGAAUGUUUUCUAGUAGUUAUCAUGUUGAUACCUUAAAACAGGGUGACAUAGUUGGUUCUAUAUCUUAUUUUAAUACAGUAUUAAACCUUAUAAUUUUAUAAUACUGGUUUAUCAUUUGUUACAAAUAAGAUGUUCUACUUGAGCACCUUUAAUUCAUAAUCAAAAUUGUGAAAAUGAAGUAACAAUAAUAAAAUCUCCAAAAUAUGAUAUGGAAAAAUGAAAAAUGUACACAGUCAUAUUUCUCUGAACUUGCUCAUCUUCAGUUAACACAAAAAGAAACCUGUUUUUGUUACUAUCUCAGCUAUGUAUUUUACCUUGAUUUUAUGCAACAAUUAAAAAGGAAAAUAAGGAUGUGUGGGAUUACAAUUUUGAAAUUCAUACGGACUGUGUGAUAAUUUUUGGUAUUAAACUGAAUAGUUGCUUAAAUAAAAUGAGUUAUUUAAAUUAAAUAAUAAAGAACCUUCCAUGCAAUUUAAAAAUUA